AUGCCGUCGGAUGGGCCUCAAAAACGCAGAUUCGAGACGACAGCUGCAGAGUCCACCAAGUCAAGUACAGGACGUGUGAUUCUUGUCACUGGCACAGCUGGCUUUGUGGGCUAUCAUUGCGCCAAAUUCUUCAAAAAACGUGGCGAUGGCGUGCUGGGACUGGAUAAUUUCAAUCCUUACUAUCCAGUAGGCAUCAAGUACGACCGAGCGCAGGACUUGGAAGACUCCGGCGUCUACACCAUUAAGGCAGAUCUCAACGACAGAAGUAUGUUGGAUCACAUCCUCCAGGAGUACAAGGUCACCCACGUUUUGGCACUGGCUGCGCAGGCAGGUGUGCGAUAUGCCACCAAGGACCCUGCCUCCUAUGUGGCUUCCAACGUGGCAGGUUUCGUUCAACUCUUGGAAGCUUGUCGCUUUUGUGAUCCCCAGCCACGCAUUGUGUACGCAUCCUCAAGCUCGGUCUACGGCUUGAAUACAGUGAGCCCGUUCUCGGAAAGCCAUCAGGUGGAUAAACCGGCCAGCCUCUAUGCGGCGACCAAAAAAGCGAACGAGAUGAUUGCGCACACCUAUCAUCACAUCUAUGGCCUGUCCAUGACGGGCCUUCGGUUCUUCACCGUCUAUGGGCCUUGGGGCCGUCCUGACAUGUUCGCCUUUUCAGCGACCAUCAAGAUCCACAAAGGUGAGGCCUUGAAGAUUUUCCAAGGCCCCGGUGGAUCGGAGCUGGAACGAGAUUUCACCUACAUCGACGACAUCGUCCAGGGCUGUGUCGCCUCAGUGGACCGCAUCCCGGCCUCCACCAAAGAGACGGCACAUUUCAAGGUCUAUAACUUGGGCAACAAGGAUCCAGUGACAGUGACCUACAUGAUUGAGUGUCUUGAGAGAGCUAUCGGCAAAAAGGCGAUCAAGAACUAUGUUCCGAUGCCACCCACGGGAGAUGUGCUGAAGACCAGCGCAGACGUCUCGCUGGCGGAAAAGGAGCUGGAUUACAAGCCAACCACAUCACUACAGGACGGCAUCAACAAGUUUAUUGCCUGGUAUGACGCUUACUACAAGGACGGCUUGACGAAGGAGAUGGCCAGCUAUGUAUUCAUCCGUGUUCCGGCCAUGUUUGACUACAGGCGUCUUAUGGCCAUCUUUUCCAUCCCGAAAACAGUCUUUGUGGCCAAUCGUCCCUUGUGCUGCCCUCCCGGGCCGGCGGAAGGGAAAGCAGGUGUGUCCUACAAAAGGCUCUCGGGGAUCCUGGAUGGUCGCUUUGAUCUGUCGCCCGUCCUGGACUUUGGUUCGCUGGACAGGUUCAUGACCUCUGAGACACCCCUGGCGGUGGCUGCAGCCCAGCGCUUGCUGCAACGGAAGGGCGGGGUCUUGGAGCCCCUGAAGAGCCCGUAUGAGUACUACGCCCGUGCAGCCUUGCUGCAAGUGCGAGCACGACGUGCUGCUGAGGAGAUGAUAGAUCUGCAGCCCAAAAAAGAUGCGGAUGUUUGGUGA